ACAAUAUAACAAAUAAAUCCAGUUUUAAACAUAAUACAGGAGGAAGUAAGGUUUUUACGUGUUUUUCGAAUUUGUUUAAACAAAUGUAAUUUCUAAAUUUCAAGUCGAUUGGAGCAAAAACGAAGUUACUAGUAUUUUUAUACCUGCCUUACUAACGUUUUACAUCAAAUUUCAAAACUUUAAAGCGAUUUUCAAACUAGUCACGUUUGUUUUCUAAGUCUUUUCUAAUAACUUCAAAACUACUGCACCGCUCGUUUUGAAAUAUUAACAUAUUUUUUCUUUCCAAGUGUUCCCAUAAAGUGAAUAAUAGAAAAUUUCGAAAAAAACCUCCCUGCGAUAUAAUAAUUUUGAUUUUUUGAUUUCAGAUGAGCCAGCACCGAGUUAGGAGGGGCACCGCAAUUCAACUUUUUUCCUUCUUCAAAUGUCAUACUACAGCGUAUCAGAUUGGAUUGGUAGAUUUUAACUUACUUAAACAAAAAAAACCUAAAAAUGGGUCUUGUUUUACACGAAUUAAUCCUACUUCCCCCUUCAGUGCCUCGUCGAUAUCGCCAUAGGCUAAGCUCCCAAUAUUUAAAAAUUGUUUCAAAUGCCCCAAAGCAAAACAAAAAAAUGGUUUAAUUUCCACUUCGUUGUAUAAACUCUACAAAAGUUCAGUUUGACGUUCUCCACACUAUUUUCAGCUGUUUAUGUGGAUACUGCUCCAACUACACAAAUACUUACAUAUGUGCAUAUACACGUUGGUGCGCAGUUACAAACAAGAAUUGACAGUAGUAAUUUGGCUUUGCUAUAUUGUUGACAUAUUUUGAUUUCGUGUAAAUAUUUACAUACAAAUGCAGUUUAAAUGUGAGAUAGUGAUAUAUGGCUUAGAUAAUUAGAAGAAACCAUGUCUGAAUUUGUCGAAUAUACUGAGCCAAUGUGGCGUGGCAUGAAUAUGCGAGACUUGAAGGUUGACGAAGCAUAUUUAGUGGUCAAAUCUCACUACAACCAACCAGCUUACCUUUACAGUCGAUCCGAAGAAUGCUACACAUGCCCCUUUAGCUUUGUGAAAUCUAUGCACAACUUUACAUUCAAAUUAAAUGUGGCGCAUGGUUGGGAAUUUAAAGUGUAUGACAAAGAAGUGAAUGCGCUGACCGCUAAUGAAAUGCAAUGCAAUGAUACGAUCUGCAACAGUGUGUGCGAAUUGUAUGCGUCCACAACAAAUUUGCAAGAAUUCGGGGUUUACAAUUUUACGUUGCAUAAAAAUGGUAGCUGUGAGCUGAUAACAGACAAAGCGGGCGUUAAUGCUAAUUUAUCGCUCGCUUCGGUAUUUCUCCUAGUCACUUUGGUUUUGGCAGCGAUACGAAUAGCUUGGUGCGCUUGGCGUUCGUAUACUUUUAGCCCCGAGGCGGCAGCUGCUGCCGAAAUCAAUGCUGCAGUUACGCCUGCGCAGCCGAGCAAACGAAUGCGCAGUUUGGAUGCUUUUAGGGGCAUGGCAAUUGUUUUGAUGAUAUUCGUAAAUAGUGGUGGCGGUGACUACUGGUGGAUCGAACAUGCGCCUUGGAAUGGUUUACAUUUGGCUGAUGUUGUCUUUCCCUCAUUUUUAUGGAUUAUGGGCGUUUGCAUACCGAUUUCGAUUAAGUCACAAGUGGCGCGAGGCACGCCGAAGGCGAGGAUUUGCCGACGCAUUAUUUGGCGUUCAUUUAAAUUAUUUGCUAUUGGCGUGUGCCUAAACUCCAUAAAUGGUCCACAAAUGUCUAAUUUACGCAUAAUGGGUGUACUGCAACGGUUUGCUGUUGCAUAUUUAGUCUGUGGGUCGGUUCACACGUUACUCAUUCAGAGGGAGUUUGUGAUGCCGCAGAUUGCUUGGAAGCGCGCUUUAAGCGACAUUAUUUUAUUGAGAACUGAAUUUUUGGUAAUGCUCUCGCUCAUUGCUAUUUACUUGGGUUUAAUUUUCGGACUUGCGGUGCCAAAUUGUCCCACCGGUUAUCUGGGUCCUGGCGGCAAGCACUCGAACGCACAAUAUCCCAACUGUACAGGCGGCGCUAAUGGUUAUGUGGAUCGUUUAAUUUUAGGCGAUGCGCAUAUCUAUCAGCAUCCCACCGCGAAAUAUAUAUACGGCGCGCAAGCUUUCGAUCCCGAAGGUGUCUUUGGCUGCCUUUUAACUGUGGUGCAGGCAUUUUUAGGCGUGAUCGCCGGCGUUAUUAUAUUGGUUCAUACCGGUUGGAGCGCACGCAUUAAACGCUGGUUGUAUUGGUCGCUUGUCCUGGCUCUGCUUGGUGGCGCCCUUUGCCUUUUCACUGUGGAAGAUGGUCCCAUACCAAUUAAUAAAAAUCUCUGGUCUCUUUCUUUUGUUUGCGUCACCUCUGCUUUGGCUUUCUUCAUACUCAGCAUACUCUAUUUUGUUAUUGACGUUCGUCGCUGGUGGACGGGCUAUCCGUUUGUGGAAUCUGGCAUGAAUGCGAUUAUCAUGUAUGUGGGUCAUACCGUUAUGCACAAAAUGCUGCCAUGGCACUGGCGUAUUGGACCGAUGAACACCCAUUUUGUGCUUUUGCUUGAAGCCACUUGGAAUACCUUACUUUGGGUGGCGAUCGCACUUUAUUUAAAUUCGAUUAAGUUUUAUUAUAGUUUAUAAGAAUGCAAAGCUGAAGGAUUUAUCAAAUAUCAAAUAUCAAAUGAUAAAUAUUAUGAAUUUUAUAGAAUUAUAAAUAUGUAUGUAAAUUUUUAUUUUAUUAUAUGUAUGUAUAUACUCUUUCAUAUACUCAUUUAAAAGCGAA